ACGCGGAAGGGGCUGCGGCGCGGGGGCGCGGGCCGAGCCGGGGGCGGGGCCGGGCGCGAGUGUGAGGGGCGCGCGGGUGACAGGUGCGGGGGCGCGGCCGCGAUGCUGGAGACCCUGCGCGAGCGGCUGCUGAGCGUGCAGCAGGAUUUCACCUCCGGGCUGAAGAAUUUAAGUGACAAGUCAAGAGAAGCCAAAGUAAAAAGCAAACCCAGGACCGUUCCAUAUUUGCCAAAGUACUCUGCUGGGCUAGAAUUACUUAGCAGGUAUGAAGAUACAUGGGCUGCACUUCACAAAAGAGCCAAGGAAUGUGCCAGUGCUGGAGAGCUGGUGGACAGCGAGGUGGUUAUGCUUUCAGCACACUGGGAGAAGAAGAGGACGAGCCUCAUCGAGUUACAGGAGCAGCUGCAGCAGCUUCCAGGUUUAAUAGCGGAUUUAGAAGCCAUGACAGCAAAUCUGACUCAUUUAGAGGCUAGUUUUGAGGAGGUAGAAAACCACCUGCUGAAUCUGGAGGAUUUGUGUGGACAGUGUGACUUAGAAAGAUACAAACACAUGCAGUGCCAACACCUGGAAAAUUACAAGAAAAAUAAGAGGAAGGAACUUGAAACCUUCAAAGCUGAACUCGAUGCAGAGCACACCCAGAAGGUCCUGGAGAUGGAGCACACCCAGCAGCUGAAGCUGAAGGAACGGCAGAAGUUCUUUGAGGAAGCCUUCCAGCAGGACAUGGAGCAGUACCUGUCCGCAGGUUACCUGCAGAUCGCGGAGAGGCGAGAGCCCAUGGGCAGCAUGUCAUCCAUGGAAGUGAAUAUUGACCUGCUGGAGCAGAUGGAUCUGAUGGAUGUGUCUGACCAGGAGGCCCUGGAUGUCUUUUUGAAUUCAGGUGGAGAAGAUAACACUGUGCUGUCCCCUGUCUUAGGGCCUGAGUCGAGUAUCGGCCAGAGUGAAGUUACGCUGCAGGUUCCAGAUCCCUCUGAGUUCCGAGCUAAGCUGCCUACCCUGUCCUCUGCCAGCCCUGACCCAGCCACCCAGGACCCCAGCGAAGGUGGGGAGUCCCCCGUUGUUCAGUCUGACGAGGAGGGAGUCGAGGUGGACACUGCCCUCGCCACUUUACACACUGAUGACAGUGACUCCUAAAUCCGGGCGCUUGCGUUCUCUGACCACCUGAGGAAGACGCAGCUCAUGCAGAAUCCCACUGUGAAAGCUGGGGGUCUCAUGGAGGCGCUUGAUUUUGACACGUGCGAAUAAUGUGUGCGAAACGGACUGAAAGAGCAGGUGACAAUAAAGCUUGAGGCUUGGAA